GGUAAUCGUGUCGUCUAUGACCACACCACACUUUUGGCUUUAGCGGGUAGUCCUAUUUCUAGGGCACCUCCUGUCAAGAUGGCUUUCGUUCCUGGUGUCACUCGAACUCCUAACCAAUGUGACAUUGUGAUGGCCUUCCGUAAGUCUCAGGAUAAAAAGAAGCAGAAGGAACAGAAAAAGAAGACCUUCAAUCCUUUCGACUUGCUUGCUGAUGACGAGUAA